ACAGUUAGAUCGCUUAAAACCCAAUCCAAUUUUAGUCCCAGUUUAACAGUUGAAUCAGCAGGAUUUAAACACGUCAAACUGAGACAGAUUUUGUUCCUUAAUUUAGAAAUUGUGUCUAUUGGUAGAGUAUAGUUGGAUUCUUAAGAAGAAGCUUAUAACAAGAGGCACAAACAUGGCCCAUAAGGGGGAUCAGGUAAGCUUGACAUCUGGGGGUGAUGAGAAUCCGAACCGUGGUAAUUGGUCCAAUAAGUGUGACUUCAUCUUGUCUUGUCUUGGUUAUGCUGUCGGUCUUGGAAAUGUCUGGAGGUUUCCGUACUUGGCUUAUUCCAACGGUGGUGGUGCUUUUCUUGUACCCUACGCCAUUAUGUUAUUUUUCGCCGGAAUGCCGAUCUUCUUCUUUGAAGUAUGCCUUGGUCAAUACAGUAGUCAAGGUCCAAUCUCAGUCUGGAGAGCAUCGCCUAUGUUUAGAGGUAUCGGGUUUGGGAUGGUGAUCGUGUCAGCAUUCGUCGCGAUCUACUACAACGUUAUCAUUACUUACGCCAUAUACUACAUGUUCGCCUCGUUCACGAAAGAUCUGCCAUGGGAGCGUUGCAACCACGACUUCAAUACGGAAAAUUGCACUCUGAAAUAUGCCGAGUGCUUGGCUCAGGAAGGCAAAAUCAUGUUGACAACAACAUGUCAAAAUAUCACUGAUCUGGGUAAAACAGAUGAUGAACUCCUUAAACUGAAUAUCUUUAAAGAAAAUGAUAUAUGGAACACAUCGCAGUAUGUUGACUCUUAUGCAGAAUACAGGAAAAGGCCAACCGAAGAAUAUUGGAAACGUGGUGUAUUGCAGGAAUCUGAAUCAAUGAACGAGACUGGAGGAAUCGUUUGGGAACUUGCUCUGUGUCUUCUUCUGGCCUGGAUUCUUGUCUUCUUAUGUCUUGCCAAAGGCGUCAAAUCCUCUGGAAAGGUUGUGUAUUUCACUGCUACGUUUCCGUAUGCUGUAUUGCUCGCCUUACUCAUUCGGGUAACGCUGGACGGGGCUCAGGACGGUAUCGACUUCUUUAUCAAACCUGUUUGGGAUGAUAUUACUACACCGCAGGUGUGGCUUGAUGCCGCUACACAGAUCUUCUUUUCUCUCAGUGCUGCUUGGGGUGGACUGGUUACCCUCUCAUCGUAUAAUCGCUUCCACAACAACGGUUACUUUGACUCUGUCUUUGUAUCACUUGCAAACUGUGCAACAAGCAUCUUUGCUGGAUUUGCCAUCUUUUCCGUAUUGGGACACGUGGCCCUUGAGCAGAACAAGCCAGUUCCAGAAGUAGUAGAUUCUGGAUUUGGAUUGGCGUUUAUCGUAUAUCCAGAAGGUCUAUCGCUGCUUCCAGGGUCUACGUUUUGGGCUAUCAUAUUUUUCCUAAUGUUGAUCACCCUUGGUCUGGACAGCCAGUUUGUGUCCAUUGAGACGGUGGUAACUGCUAUAUGUGAUGGAUGCCCCAGCUACUUGAGGAAACGAAAGACACUCGUGACGCUCGUUGUGUGUAUAUUAGGCUACGUACUUGGUUUGGUGUGCGUAACCAGGUCGGGCGCUUACUGGGUUUCUCUCGUUGAUUCUUACGCCCCAAGUAUCGGUCUGAUCGUGUUUGGGCUUCUGGAGCUCGUGGCUAUCACAUGGGUGUAUGGAAUCAAGCGAUUUACAAAUGACAUCAGGUCGAUGCUUGGCGACUCACUCUUGUACAAAGCCCCAUUCUUCCUCUGGUGGCAAUUGAACUGGACUGUUAUCACUCCAUCGUUGCUUCUCUUUGUGUUGCUUUAUAAUUGGAUGAACUGGAGCGAGCCAACAUACAAUGACGAGUUAUACCCGCUUUGGGGACGUGUCAUUGGCUGGGUAAUCAUUGGACUCACACUCAUUUUUAUUCCUUUGGUUAUGAUUUACGAAUUUCUGAAAGCAAGUGGAAGCGUUGCUGACCGUUGGAGGGUAAUGAGCAGGCCCAGAGCUGAUUGGGGACCACAGAUGGAGGCAAACCGAGCACAGGCCUGGCAGAUGCACGAAUACUACAACACUACGAUGGGAGGCAAACGAGAGGCUCCCGAUACUUCUCGCAACUAAAACCACAUGUCAUUUUAGACCACCCAUUAUUUUUGCAGUUUAUUAAAACGUACAAUUUAUAAUGUAACUAGGCUGGUAUACUUGCAUUGUAUUCAGUUUGAUUGCAUUCCGUUUGAUAAAAAUGGUUGGUUUCCGGUCAG